AAUUAUUAAAAUUCAGUUUAUUUUUUUGUCUUGUUCGAACGGUUUCGUUUCUCUAAACACGUUUGCUUGCAACUUGAAAAGAGCUUAGCUCGCAAAACAACGGAAAUUUAUUAACGUAAACAAACGAAUUCGACAACAAUUUAGCCGAAACGUUUUUCUCUAAAACAAAAUAGAAAAAAUAAAAGAAAAACAACAACUAAGAAAAGUGCCGUACGUACCGUUGUGUGCAGCAGGCGUACAUUUAGAAGUUUUUUAGUUCAGGGAAAGAUACAUUAAGUAAGUUUGUCUUUUCAUAACGUUACGACGGUACUCGAACUAUUUUGUUCAGUCGAUAAUUGUUUGAAAAACAUACAAUUUUCAAUUUCUAAUAUAAGAAAGCAGAAAGCAACAAUUUAAAGUUUGAUUUUCAAUAAAAAAAAAUCAAAAUGGUUCAUGCAAAUAUUGGUGAUAGUCCAGCUACUCAAGUAGCACCAUCAGCUGGUUCUGAUGAUAUUCUUAUUAGUUCUACUAAGAUAUUGCCAUCUGGCAAAUAUACUUUGGUUGGCAUUGACAUCGAUACUACUGGACGUCGUUUAAUUGAUGAGAUUGUUCAAUUGGCCGCUUACACACCACAAGACCACUUUGAGCAGUACAUCAUGCCAUAUAUGAAUCUUAAUCCAGCUGCACGUCAACGUCACCAGGUUCGCGUUAUCUCCAUUGGUUUCUAUCGCAUGUUGAAGUCUAUGCAAACUUAUAAGAUUAUCAAGUCUAAGUCUGAAAUUGCUGCUUUGAAGGACUUUUUGGAUUGGCUGGAAUUAAUUAAGACUAAGGAUUCCAAUUCUUUGGGUGUUAUUUUAGUUUACCAUGAGGAGCGCAAAUUCAUUCCAUACAUGAUACUUGAAUCUCUUAAGAAAUACAAUCUGCUAGAUAGGUUUCUAAAUACUGUUAAGUCGUUUACCAAUGGGCUUUGUUUGACUCAAUUGAAGGAGAAUGAGAGUCUACAACGUUAUUCAUUGCGUAAACUAUCACGUGUAUUGUCUAGCAAGAUACAGGAUGCAACACAAGCUAAGGAAAUCAAUUCAUCAACUGAUUCCCAAAAAUCUCAAAAGUUGACUGAACGUCGUGAACGUGAUCUAUUUGAUGGUAAUGCUAGUGUACGUGCUAAAUUGGCAUUGGAAGUAGCUCUACAAUUGAGUAAUCAAAAUACCAAUGAAUCAAUUGAUUCGGUUAAGGCAAUGGACAAUUUGCUAAUUGCUUUGCAUCCAUACGCACAACCUAUAGAUUUUGAUUUAUCCGAAUUGAAGAGGGAAAAUGAAAAUUUGGAACGUCAAAAUUCUUUCCGUCCAGUGUUCUUGCAUUAUUUCAAGACCACAUUAUAUCAUCGUGUUCGUGCUGUUAAAUUCCGUAUUAUACUUGCCGCGCAAGGUUAUACCCUAAAUGCUCUAAAUGAGGUUUGGUCUGAGAAGAAGAAAGAUGGUUUAGUUGCAGCACUGGAAAAAAUUACUGAAUUAAAGUCUGAAGAUAAAAAGGAACUGGCAGAUUUGUUUGAUAGUUUCUAUGAUCCAACAAAGACCACUAUAAAACCAGUUAUACAAAGUAAGAAUUUAACCAUUAAUCGUCGUCGCAACAAGCGCAAUGGUGGAACUGUACGUUCAUCUAAGCCGGAAAGUAUUAUCUCUGAGCAAGGUGGUGGUGGCGAUAAAGCUAGCAAUAGUAAUAUUCCGGAGGUUGAUAGUACCACCAAGCCGUCGUCUCUUGUUAAUAACGAAAUCAAGGCUCAGCGUCGUCGUCCUACACGUACUCGCCGUUCCAGUAUUAAGAAAAAUGCUCCACCUGGUGUUGCGGUUACCACUGCUAUGCCAAUAACGGCUAGCACCUAAAAUAUUAUUUUCAACGUUACAUUAGAAAAAACCUUCAAGAUAAUCAAAAAUAUAUAUAUUUGCAAAUUUUUUCACCAUCAAAAAGCAAAGUCAUCGCAAGUAUCUUGAAGGUUUCAACGCAAAAUAAACAAAUCAAAAUAAAAUAGAAAAAAACACGUCUACAAAUUCAUUUUCGGAUCACACAAUUAAAAAGAAAUGGAACAAGUUCAUAAACAUAUUAAAUUUAAGAGUAACUAUUAACAAUUAAAACAAAUAUUUUGUUCAAAAUUUUUGUGCAAACCAAAUAAAAAAAACAAACGAACAUGCAAUCUUCAAAACAACUAACAAUAAAUAAACCAUAAAUAAUUAUUUGUGCGGUUUUUUAAAUAAUUACAAAAACGUCAAAUUCAGUUCACUAUUGUUUUAAAUAAAAAUAUGUGUUGGCAACGCGAAAAAAAUACAAUAUUCUUGCGAUACAACCACAAAAAAUGGUUAAGUAGAAAACUUAAAAAAAAAUGUUUUUGUUCUUGUGAGAUGAGAUGAUUAAAGCAAAGUUUUAAAUUAAAACAUUUUUAUAAUUUUAAACCAUAUGCUAAAAAUCUAACAAUUGUUACACGUUUGUAAUUGCAUUAAGUUUGUUGUUGUAUGAGAAAUUUUAAAUUUAUUGUUAUGUUAAAAUACAUAUACG